UGGGUAGAACCUGCUGUAUGAUGAACCAACCAGACUGGGUCCAACAAACUGGUUUUACACGAUGCAAACAGAGGCAGCUGAUCUGUCAGACUGUUUUAACCAGUAUUUUCCAGCCUCUAUGCACGUCAUAUGCUUUCAUAAAACAAUGCAAACAAGCUCCUGUCAUCAGAUAACCUGUAGGCUGGAUCUUUCUAACUUCAGAUUAUAGGUUUCACUCUUUAACUGUCAGCUGGGAGCUUCCUCUAACAAAGAUUAGUUUUAUUUCUCUAUUUUCUGACGACACGGAACAAAAAACUAGAUUUAUUUCAGAUUUAAUCUUUUGGUUGGUUCAGAUGUUGGUCACUGUGGUUAGUUAGAAACUGAUGGUAGGUUAGUUUUUAACGGCCGUUUUUAAUGUUGUCUCUCAGCUCCUCCUUCUUCCGUGAAGCCGUCGCAGCGAGACCUCGAUUCAACCCUGAGUUUCUCUCGACUAGAAAUAGUUAGUCGGCCUAAACUAGAGUCAGAGUUCCUCUCUAACCCUAAAGUAGAUCUAACAGAGUUUAUUACUAAAGUUAAACUCUGAUCUUUGUUGAGUAUUACACUAAACUCAGGGUUAAACUCAUGGAGGAAUUUCAAUGAGGAAAUGGCUGCUUUUUUACCUGCGUCACUCAUCAGGACUCUGCUGUUUCUCAGCUGCUUCCUGCUUGUUUCUGUUGAUCAGAUAAUCAUCACAGUUAAACCUGGAGAAGAAGUUAUUCUGACAUGUAGACCAGCUGAGAAGAAAGAUGUUCUAGUUGUAGAGUGGAACAGAAUUGAUCUGGGGUCAGAUCAGUUUGUUCUUUUAUACAAAGACAAGCAGUUUGAUCCAGAGGGUCAAUUUCUAUCCUUUAAGAACCGGGUGGAUCUGAAGAACGUGAAGAAUGGAGACGUGUCUUUGGUUCUGAAGAACGUGACGACUGAUGAUACAGGAACAUAUGAGUGUCGAGUCGCUCAGAGAGGAAAUGAUCUAGACACUGACCUCAUCAGCAUUAUUGACCUGAUAGUUCAAGGUGAGUCUGUUUGUUUCUGGAUCAGAACUUCCAGCAGCUUCCUGGUUCUUGACAUGAGAGAAACAUCUCAGAUCAGAUGUUAG